CGCGUUGGCUCCGGGGCAGGGAUGUGCUCCCUGGCGCUGUUCCCGCCGCCGCCGCCCCCGGGGGACGUCACCGCCUACGAGAGCAACAACGUCCUGGUGAGCGCGCGGGAGCGGCCGGCGCUGCCCCUGCAGAGCCAGCUCCCGGCCCUGCCCGUCCUCAGCCUGCCCCGGGAUGCGCUCAAGGCGCCCUCGCGGCCGGAGCUCAGCUCCCGCCCGGCCUUCAUCCACCAGCGGGAGGCGCUGUGGAAGCGGUGCCUCGGGGCCUGGCGGGAGCUGGGGCUCUGCGGGGUCCUGAGGGAGCUCAGCAGCGCCGAGGAGGAGGGGCUGCGAUGGCUCAAGUCGGGCUCCAGCUCGGUGCUGGCCCUGUGCCGCUGGCUCUCCUCACUGCACGGCUCCUUGUUCCCACACCUCUCCCUGACCAGUGAGGACAUGAUCGCUGCCUUCUCCCAGGCCGUGGACUGGGCCGGCUGCAGCAUCCGGGCCUUCGCCUGGCACCCCCACACCAGUAAGUUCGCUGUGGCUCUGCUGGACGACUCCAUCCGCGUCUACAACUCCAGUAGUGCCACCAUCCCCUCGCUGAAGCAUCGCCUGCAGAGGAACGUGGCCGCGCUGGCCUGGAAGCCGCUCUGCGCCUCCAUCCUCGCCGUCGCCUGCCACGGCUGCGUCCUGCUCUGGCACCUGGACCCCACCUCCCUCUCCACCAGGCCCUCAUCCGGCUGCGCUCAGGUCCUGGCGCACCCCGGCCACAGCCCCGUCACCAGCCUGGCCUGGGCGCCCAGUGGGGACCUCCUGCUCUCGGCGUCACCGGUGGACACGGCCAUGCUGGUGUGGGACGUGUCCACCGAGAGCUGCGUGCCCCUGCAGUGCUUUGGAGGCGGGGGGGUCACCUACUUGGCCUGGUCUCCCGAUGGCAGCAAGGUGCUGGCAGCCACCCCCUCGGCCGUGUUCAGGGUGUGGGAGGCGCAGAUGUGGACGUGCGAGCGCUGGCCCACCAUCACCGGGCGCUGCCAGACCGGGUGCUGGAGCCCUGAUGGCAGCCGCUUGCUCUUCACCGUGCUGGGGGAGGCCGUUAUCUACUCCCUGUCCUUCUCCGAGUACCGAGGGGAGAUGCAGGGGCAAGUGGGAGGCUCCAAAACGGCUUCCAUCGUGGCGGACCUGUCCGAGACCACCUUCGAGACGCUCUAUGGGGAGGAGAGGGUGGGAGGAGAGGUUCACUCCAUGGUGUGGGACCCCACGGGGGAGCGGCUCGCAGCCAUCAUCCGAGGCAGCCCCGAUGCAGCCGGGACCCAGACGAUCGUGGCCCUGUUCCGGACCCGCAACAGCCCCGUGUUCGAGCUCCUGCCCUGCGGGUUCCUGCGGGGCGAGCGCGAUGCUGAGCCCCAGCUCAUCGCCUUCCACCCCUGCUUCCACAAGGGAGCUCUCCUGACGGUGUGCUGGUCCACGGGCACCAUCAGCCACAUCCCCCUGUUCUUCAUCAGCGCCCAUGGGCCCUGCCCCAGCCCCGGGCCCGGCCUGGCCAGCACCAGCGUGCGGGAGCAGCCGCUCUUCUCGGAGCUCUGAUGGGAUCCACGUCCUCCUCCAGGGACCCAGCGCGGCCU